AUGAAGUUCUACUCGAUUCUUCUCUUUGCUUCCAUAAUUUCCAUGAUCCACGGAGCUCCGUCUCCACAAAUCGGAAGACUUGGGAAUUCAAUGCAACCGGAAGUUCAUGCAACUGGAUUGAUUCCAAUGAUAACUGGAACAAACGUUCCGGAAUCAGAAGAAGAAAUCGAAGCCCCAAUAUAUGAUCAACACGAAGUGGAUAAAGUUAAGGGAUUGGUGAAAGAAACAGCUGAAAAUGGAAGACAUCCGGAGAAAUUUACGAAUGAAUCAUCUGUUCAAUUACUUGAAGGAUUGGGAGAAACAACAACAACUCCACCUGCAUUAUCAACAACUCCUCGUUCCAUUUUCACUCUUCCAAAUGGAAUUCUGACUGUUUCAACUGGAUAUUCAACUGUUACAUCCACUUCUAAAUCCCAUUGA